UGGGUUUUCAUAUAAAUAGGGGCUUGGUCGAUCACUUUGUUGAUGAAAAUAAUAUAUAUAUUAUACUUGUCAAAUAAUAAUAAUAUAGUGAGCUUACAAAACUUAUCAAUUAUUUAUUGUGAUUAUAAUCAAAUAUUAUAGCAAAAUGGAGGAAGAAACCUGUGCAAUAAAAAGUCUGCCGAACGAAAUAAUAACAUUGAUACUAGAUAGAAAUGAUAUCCGCGAUAUUCUACGUUUCGGUGCAACUUGCAAGCGAUUUCACGACUUCGUGAGGAGUAAUCAAUACUUAUGGAAAGAAAUGACAAAACGAACGUUGCCAGACCCUCUAUUUAAGAUACUUGAACAAUAUACUGAAGGAGAUUGGUUGGUUGAACUCGAGGGGUAUCACACAGUGAAGAAGCAGGUGUAUUUGGAGCUUAUUGCAAUGUCACCACAGUUUUAUGGGCGGGAUAAUGAUAUUAACAUUCAGGAUGUGAGACCCUUCUUUAAAGCAGCCCUGGUCAAUAGAUUCAGCUUUAAUUUUGCAAUAUACAUUCUACAAGAUGUAAUCAGAAAAGGCAAUAUUAUGAUUAAUAAUAAUUGCAAGACAGUCAAGAAGCCCUUCACUUUGACGGAAAUGCACUAUGCGAAGAUUGUUCUGAGGCAUUUAAUUCACACAUUCCUAUCUCUAAAGUGGGUGAGGGCGCAUGUGAACAAUGAACUGUCACCCGAGGCUGUCUGUAACUUCUUCAUUCAGUGGGUUGACACACUCCACAUACACCCUGAUGAACAUAUUGAAAUAAGGAUAAAUGACUUGGUUGAGAAAGUAAAAAUUAUUUUACGUGAAGAUGAAAUUAAAAAGGCAGCUGUAGAAGACGACGUCGAGAAGCAAAGAAUUACUGAGAGGGAUAUUUUAUCGGCCGUUACGCAAGUGGUGUAUCAUGACCGGCAUAUGGCCAUUACCACUGCAGCUAAUUUGGACACCCUGGAUAUUGUCAAGGUCCUGGACAAUAAAUGUGGUAAUGUGCUAGUGGUUACUGCGAUCUACCAGGCAGUCGCCAAGAAAUGCGGCGUGAACUGCGAGCUCAUCGCAUUCCCCAACCACCUGUUUUUGGAGUGGCGUGAUAAUUCCGACCCUAAAAACCCGCAGGUGUUUACAGUGGAGCCUUCCAGCGGGGAGCUGAAUCGCCGCCGCCGCUGCCCGUUCUCGCAAAACGGGCCGACGACCAACUAUAGAUAUUGCCCGGAUUCCCUCCUCCAGUACAUCUGCUCGUCAUUCCACAUGAGCAUGGGAGCUAUUCGUAACUGGAAUACACUCAAUGCUUUGCACCUAUUGGAUUUCUUGGGUUCGAAUCGGAGUACACACAGUUCAUAUAAGAAUUUCUUGCCAUAUUUACUUGACCCAACCCAUAUGUCAGCGAUGACCUCUCCUCUCAACCUGAAGCACUUGAGCACUCCUCAUAUCGAGAUAAUUAGAGCGCUCUCCAGGAAUGAAGUGCCCGUCGAUUGCUACAAGAAGCGAUUCUCUAUAAGACAUCGUACGAGUAACGUGAAAUACGCCGUGGGUAUGACGUGCUACCACACCAGAUACGACUACGUGUGCAUAAUCCGCAGCUGGGACCUGCACUGUGCGCUCAAGUGGCAGAGCCAGAUGACGGCCGAGAGCCUGUACUUUGGCGUCAUGCAGCCGUUCUACAACGUCAUCGCGGCGGACCAGUCGGAGCGUUAUGUACCCCAAGAGUUUCUAAAGGAAUUAGAUCGGCCCAACCGUCUCUACCACCUCGAGGAAGUGAUAGCGACGGAGUUCACCCAUUUCGACGGAUUCGCGUACGUCCCGAACGACGAGAAGCGGGCCGAGUUCCCGGACGACGAGCCGGUCGUGAACGUGUACCGCGAGCGAGCCGAGCUCCUCAACUAAACCGGGACCGCAACAUAGUGGUACUGUGACAACACCCAUUGAUUGGCACGGGAUUCUCGUCACUGCUGCCUUGAAAUAAGGUUGAGCGUGCCAAUGAUGAAGUUAAACAAGUAAACGCUCAACGCAGAGUGCGCCACUGGGUCUGGGUCCCUUGACAGAUUAGAUGACAUAAGCUAUUUAACGUAUGUUCGAAUGCCUCCAAGAUAUUUUUGGGUGGCGGUUUAUAAAACGCAGCGCGAGCUGGCAAAAGAUAAUCCAAACUGUCUGUUAAUAGACCAUUUUGAGAUCGCCCUUUAAAGGUCAGAACACACCGGCUGCGUGGGCGUAGACGUGCGCUAAAAUGUUUCAGCCGCGCACGCACACGUCACGCAAGCGGUGUGCCGUCUCUGAUAAGGAUCUGUAUAUUACAACGCGCACGUGCACGUCUAAGCACAUGCACCCGAUGUGCACAGGCCUUAAUAGUGAGCCAUUAGCAGUUUUUAAACCCAAUAGAGACGUGUCGACAAUAGGUAGAUUUAGCUUAUAAAUAGCAAACUGCCAGGAAUACAGGGCUGUAGGUAUUAUUUCCGACGCUCCUCGAGAGUAUUGUAUGAUACAUAUAGCAAAUAUUGUCUAUUUAUCUUAUAGUGUCUGUCUAUUCUAAUACCUAAGUAGUGUUUCGCCAUUUUGAAAUCGGAUCGAAAACAGUAUAUUUAAAUACAGAAAAUUUUAUUUAUUGGUAACCUGAUAAUGAUAACCUUUAUGGUUUAUAUAAUAUUUCCAAAUAUAAGAAUAAUACGAAUAAAUUGGCGAGCAUUGUUAUGGCAGGUGUCCGGACCUCUCUGCAAUAGCCCAAUCUUUUGACCAGCCAAACUUCAACACCAUAACCGGCACUCUUCUCCACUGUAUUUACAAUAGCUCCUAUGCCAGCUGGGACCGAUUUACGGGUAUCUAUUUGUACCCGUGGAUGGGUUCUAGCUGGUGUAUUACAUAACAUCAAACUUGUCUUAAAGGGCCUCUGUGCUGUUGGCUUCGGCCCCACGCAUGCCUCCCAAAGGUCCGGGACCCCAUGGUCCCGAGAUAUGGAAAGACAUACGAAUAAGAAAUAUUUUAGAAAAGCUUUAAAAUCUUAAGCAUUUAAUAAGUACCUGUUAGGUAUUAGUUGGUUUGACGUUAGCACAAUUGGUCUACAAGAGAACGCCACCAAACAAAAUCAGCAUGACAUUGUUGAAAACAUAUAUGUAUUACCUACAUAGCGGCAAUCUAUACGUGUGACUCGUUCCGUCUUUUAUUUUUAUUUUCUAAGCUGUAUUUUCAUUGUUCUGCGUGUAUAUGAAUUCGAGGAAGAUAAAAUAUGAUGAACUUGAGAACAUGAAAGAAUUGUGCUCAAAAGACUGUGAUUUAAUAAAAAUGCGUGAAGGCAUGUGGUGCAACUGAUGAAGUUUAUACGAAUGAUGUAUCUAGUAUAUAAACAUAACGUUACGUUGUAUUUUUAUUAGUCGGUAUUAAGAUAUAGCAUUGAAAUGGUGUACAUGUAUUGUGUCAGGACUCUUACAGAGAGCUAUUGUAAAUCAAUAAGACCAUUCACAACAAUCAUCAAGGUUUAAUCGAUUGGGAAUUGUUGAAAUCAUUAUGGCAUGGAAUUUAUUUAAUUACGGCAUGGUAUCUUAUGCCCUUGAUGGGGUGUUACCGGUACUUUAUUUGUUUAUUACCAGGCGUGGCUCACUCCGCGAUUUCGUCGCUUUGCUACAGGUAGCUAAAAGUACAUCCGCGCGUGGCGCUGUCGCCACCUAGCGGCCAUAUCUGUGCUGGUCGUAACAGACGCGUUUUGUUAGAGAGUGAGUCUUCUGUACCUAGUACUAUUAUUCUGUGUUAUUAUGCAUUGUUUCUUAGUUAUUUAAGGAUGUUUUUUUGUAUAUUUAAACAUUUUAAAUUUUAUACAUAUAUUUCUUAGAGCAUUUAGUAACUGGAGACGCCUUUGUUGUCAUUUUCUGUACAAAACGAUCUGCCAAUUUUUGCGGGGGAGGGGUACGUCAAAUAGUGGUCAAAUAUAUGGCUAUUUUGUACCUAUGUCAGAUAAACGUCAGUCCAUACAAAAUCUUGCACAAUUGUGCAAGAUUUUCGGCAGAGGGGUAAACUCUUUGAGGGCAACUUCGGUUAUUAAAUGAUCUAGGAUAUAAUUAUAUGAGUGUUAUAGGAUAUUUAGUCUGUUCGGAAAGAGAAAAACGUGCAAUGUAUUGGGCUCCAAUCAUUCCACGACUCUUCUCUUUUCACACAGACAUCACGUAUGUAUAUCGUCGUCUUGUGUAGUAACCCAGUACCUACUCGUACCCACAACUCAAGUCUUACUCAACCGUAGGUGCAUUUUACCAAGAUUGCCCAUAAUAAAGACUGUAUCGUUAAGUAUAGGGACAGAUUAAACCUGGUCUAACUGUUGGCAUGUGUAUUAUUUUGUAUUACUAUGUUCUAAGGGUUUGAUCUGGGGGUAUUUUUAAGCUAUAUCAUUAAAGAAGGUUUGACAUUUUUUUUAUUUUAGGGACUUUAUGAUGCUUUUAAUACCGAAUAGCAAAUACAGUCCGGACAAGCCUAUCGAGCUGAAUAUGAGACUAUUUCACCGACUCGUUGGUACGAUUUAAAGUAACAACAGGUUAAUAGGCUGCCAAAACAUGUUAUCUAAGUGUCCUCUUCAUGACUGUUUAAUUGAGCAGCUGCGGAAUAAAUGUGGUGAAUUUUUAUUUUUACAUAAAAACGAUUUUUCACCCUACGAUUUGGAAUCCCUUCAAUUUCUGAUGCAAGCGUAAUGACGGAGACCGCUAGAAGAAUAAGCUUAAAACCAAAGCCUAACGGACAUUCAUGGCGUUGAUCCAUCGCUAGAGGGGGUCGAUAGAAAAGCUCCAUGAUAGUUAUAUGAGAUGUCAAAGUCAUAGUUGUCGUAAGUAGCAUGCCAUUUUCUCUAAAAGGCCACCAUGCACAGAUCCUAAGCUUUUUUUUAACGAAAAGAAAUGCUUAGACUAUGUCUAGAUGUUUCGCUAUACGAAUCAUGUAUAAUUGCUGUUUACAUAGUACGAUUUUUUUUUGUGUGAUAUGUUCUUGUUCGAAAAAAAAAAAGCGCUGGUGGCCUAGCGGUGAGAGCGUGCGACUUGCAAUCUGGAGGUCGCGGGUUCAAAUCCCGGCUCGUACCAAUGAGUUUUUCGGAACUUAUGUACGAAAUAUCAUUUGAUAUUUACCAGUCGCUUUUCGGUGAAGGAAGACAUCGUGAGGAAACCGGACUAAUCCCAAUAAGGCCUAGUUUACCCUCUGGGUUGGAAGGUCAGAUGGCAGUCGCUUUCGUAAAAACUAGUGCCUACGUCAAAUCAUGGGAUUAGUUGUCAAGCGGACCCCAGGCUCUUUAUGAGCCGUGGCGAAAUGCCGGGAUAACGCGAGGAAGAAGAAGAUGUGCUUGUUCGCAUACCGCAAAAUUUCUUCUAGUAUUUGUCCGCACUCGUUAUUUUUACUCGAGAGGAUUGGGUAAAUUUCGUCCAAACCAUAAUGCUUUACGUCGAGUUCCCAGGACGAAAUGUGUACCUUAUUAAAGCACUAAUUAAACACAUCUGUAGUUUUGAAAUAAAAAUAUAAUACCAAAAAAACGGCUAAGUAAGUUGUCCCUAUAAUUAACGAUACAGUCUUUAUUUUUUAAUCAAAAUAUUUAUUUCAAAAUAUUAAAUAACUUCGUCAAAUGUAAAUUUGACGUACCUAUGACGCGAGGUAACCGUAUGCUUAUAUGUCCAAUCUAUCUUUUCCACUUUCUACAAAUUGUCAAUAUGUACUGUUUCCACGCUUUCCACGUUUGUCGUUAUACUGUUGGCAUUUUCCAUAACAUCGCUCGUAGCGCCGCUAACUGACGCGGGCGCGUGCGGCGGAUUUUACCAACAAUUUCACACGCGUGACAUUGCGGACGCCCUAUAUGAUACCAUACUAGAAUUGUCCCUGUUUAACCCUUUAUAAGGCCCGAGUUAUACAGAUAUGCUACGUGAAAGUUAAAUACACUAACAUGUUUGUAAUGCACUGGGGAACACAUCUAUACAGCAAAAAACAAAACAAAAUCAUUAAGAAAAACAUGUGGUCAAUAUAUGCACUUGAGUUUUCAGAUAAUCUGUUUCCAAUACACCUAUUCAUUGACAUUGACAUAACAAACAUAAGUAAGGUGCUCUAUAUACAGACUAGCGUUUAAUUGACUACAUACGGUAAAUCGAACAUUAUUGUGUAUCUUGAAGUGGGUAGGAUUAAUAUAUGAAAAUCACUGAAAAAAUUAUAAUUCACGAUGAAGAGUGGAUUUAUCAAAAUUAGACCUUGUCAUCAUACCAAUAAGAGUCUCGCCACUCGCCAACGUGAAAUGCAAGAGCUAUAAUUCAAAUUAUUAGAUACAGCGACGUGUAUAUUUUUAAUAGUAUAAUGGAAACAAUGACGAUAGCUUGCUUCCCUUGACAUGCAUAGUGCAUAAAUUGACCACAUACUAUAGAUUAAUUAAUUACAUUAAAAUUAAAUACUGACCGAAAAAGUAUGAAUGAGGAAAGAAAGCCUGAUAUAUUCGCU